UGCUUGCUGAGAGGUGAACUCUCGGCGAGAGCAGGGGCGAGAAGACAGAGUGGUGCUUCUUCCGGGCGACAGUCCGUAUCCGACUGUUCCCACGCGCCCCAAGCUGCUCGGAAGCCGGCUCAAGGCUCGCAAGGCAGCACACAGCUACGUAGCAGCGCCUGCACAGGAGAUGCUCAACACCAUGAACGACGUCGCCGCCGUUGGAGAUGACCGAGAGAUCACACUUCUUGAGCAGUUCCUCGCGUCUGUCGCCCUCAAGCAGUACAAAAAUGCCCUCGAGAUCUCGAGAAACCUGUUGAAGUUUGACCCAAACAACGCCAUUAUUCUCGAGUAUCAGCCUCUACUGGAAGAGAGGCUUGCUCUGGGCGAUAUCUCAGAUACCUCCAGCGACGAUGGCGACGAUGACGAUGAAGACGAGGAUGGAGAUGGUGACGAGGACGAGGGUGAGGAUACAGACGACGAUGCAGACGACAACGAUGUAUCCGACGAGGACGCUUCCCACGACGACUCGGAUACCGACAGCGACUCGGACGAGCCCUCCGACAACAGUUUCGACUCGGACUCGGGCUCAGACAGCUGCGAGAGCGAUAUGGAGGGCCGCUCGGCAUUCUCCAGCACAGACGGCUCCGAGUGCGGCGAGCCAGCGCUGGGCCGGUUGAGCGCAGAGGCCUCUCCCCAUGACCCGGCCAGCAGCAUGGCUGCUCGUGCGGCGCUGUGACGGCGCUCCUGAAGGCGGAGCUGUGGCAUGCCUCGCAGGAGGCGUAUUGUAUCGACAUGGAAUGCGCUCUGCCUGAGCCGGCGGACUGGGCCGAUAGUUCGAUGCAGACUCAAUAGACAAG